AUGGAUCAGAUAUGGCAUAACUUAUACUUGGGUUCAAUGAACGACGCGCUGGACUCCACACAACACAUACGGUAUAACAUUAAGACAAUAGUGACUGUUAUGGACAAACCCAUAGCCGACGGGUUUCACUGCAAAGACAUCACAUAUCACUGGAUCAACGCUAAAGACCACGAAAAUCAAGAUCUGUUGACAUACUUUCCGAUGGCCUACGAUAUGAUCGACGCGGCGGUGACCGCCAGCACUGUUGUUUUGGUUCACUGCAGGCGCGGUAUAUCCCGAUCGGCAACGAUUGUCAUCUCAUACCUCAUGCAAAAGCUCCGGAAGCCAUACGAAGAGAUCCGGGAGUUGGUUGUGGCCAAUCGGCCGGCAAUUUACCCCAUCGACGGGUUUGUCGAUCAGUUACGGCUGUUUGAGUCGAUGGCGUACGGGUUGGACGCCAACGAUCGCCGCUUUAGACAAUAUCUGCUGAAAACGUAUGGAACGGCUCCGGAGGAAUGUUUGAGCAAAUAUGUUAACAUUUUUGACGCCAUGGACGUGGCUGUGGUGGCCAGGAAUAGCAUUUUGGUCCAUCUGGUGGACGGCAUAUCCCGAUCAACCACUGCUAUCAUAUCGUAUUUGAUGGCAACCCUCUGGAGGUCUUCGUACGAAGAAAAAUCUCUGGUAUCGGUUCUAGAAGACCGUCUAAAUCAGUACUUCGAGCGCCUGUCGGUGGCCGAGAAGUUGACCCCAGACUUGGUUUAUGGCCCGCAGUAUGAGUGCAUCGGUUGUGGCGAAGGGCUGUUUAAUGAGAUCCAUGUGAUCAGGAAUGAUGGCUCAGACAAGUAUAAAGGUAUGGAUGUUUGCGGCCGAGUAUUCAUUGAACCCCAGCGAUGGAUGGGUUGGACUAAAGUGACCGAAACGGUCAUUAGAUGCCAGACCUGUGGCCAACUGGUGGGUCGGUUGGGCCCCAUAUAUCCCGAGAUUGAAUGCAAAUGUGGACACCAUAUGGAUGUGAAGACACGGCUUACGAUCCGAAUGAUUAAUAACAAGUUUAAAAAAGUAUCGCAAAAUCAGUAA